AUGGCGAGAACAUCAGGAACGACUCCUCCUGGCUUCGACACUUGUGAUCCGCGCCAAUGGGUGAUUCGCCAUCAACGGCUUGUUGCGCAGAUAUUCCCACGAUCCGUGACGGAUAAGUCGAUGAACAGCACUCCAAUCGGAGAAGCAGGCGAGAUAAUUCACUGUGCCGCCUCGCAGGGCCUCACUUUCGCCGUCCAAGCCUUGCUUGCAGAACGGCGUACCGCCUGUGACGCAAAAGAUCGCUUCGGCAAAACUCCUCUUCACUGGGCUGCCGGACAAGGACACGUCGACACUGUCUUGGCGCUCGUGGAUGCCGGAGCCUUGGUCGACUCUCGCGACCACUUCAAGGCCACACCACUCAUGCUCGCGGCCUUGGGGGGGCACGAGCACGUCAUUCACUGUCUGCUGUAUGCCGGGGCUGGUGCUCCCAACCGUUACAACUGCCAAGGGCGUUGUCACGCCGAAUUGAGGAGUACCGCCCUUCACUAUGCCGCUGAGGGUGGUCACGUUGGAGUUAUCGUAGCCCUGCUGAGCGCUGGCUUCUGCAACGGUCAGCCCGACGAGACCGGUGUAACCGCAGCCGAGAUAUCCGCCAGAGUGGGGCACGAGUCCUCACGGGAAGCCACCCGUCGGCUCCUAGGCGGUGACAGAGGGGGCAAGCUGGUCUACGACUACGUCAACAUGGUCAGCCAGGACGUGGCUACCGUGUGCGGUCUGGCCCAAGGCGGGGCGUUUCUGGAUUGGCAGGACAACCACAGGAGACGCUCUCCGUUGCACCGGGCGGUGUACUUUGGGCACUUUCAGAUUCUCAAGAUUCUACUCGCUGCUGGCGCCAACCCAAACGUCGCCGACAACCAUGCCGUUACCCCGUUGCAUAUAUAUGAUACGCACGCACGCACGGAUGACAGCUAUACGCCGCUACAUCUGGCCGUCGUCUACAACAGGAUUGGUGUCACGAGGCUACUCCUAGACGCUUCGGCAUCCUCCCUCGAAGUCCGCGAUAGUUUCCACGGUAUCACGCCGCUCGCAUGGGCGUCCAAGUUCUCCUUCGCUACCAUGCUGCGCAUUUUGCUGAGUAUGGGAGCCGACGUCAACUCUAGGUCUCCAGCGGGCUUGACCCCCCUCCAUUGGGCGUGCCGCUUCAACAAUGCUGACAUCGUCGAGUGCUUGCUGUUGGCGGGAGCCGACCCCGACUCUUUGGAUAACGAGGGUGCUGAUGCCGGCUCUGCGAUUGGUCUUGGUGACCCCCCCCGCCACAAGGGACCCCAGAGCCCUCCCAUUCUUCCAGGAGCGGUGAAUCGAACCGGCUGGCUAAAGAAUGAAACGUUGGCGACCCGCAUUCAGCUGGCUCUGUCGAAUGCGAGGAAGGAUCGCACUUGGCGUCGUAGGGGCUGGUUGGUCGUGCUGGCUAGGAGGCAAGCGAUGGCGAUGGCGGUGGUACCCGGCACUACUUCCAGAGCUUCCAAGACUUCCGUGAGUGGCAACAAGAGCGAUUCUAAGAUGACCAUACCAAGGAUUCUGGCGACGACAGGUGUGGACGCAGACACAGGCCGCCGUGUGCAUCUUGCCAGCCACCAGGAAGGGACUCGGCAGGGAAUUGUAAGGUCAUCGAGCGAUCUCCCUCACAGCAACGACGUCCCCGGUGGGUGGUCACACGGAAACUUAGGCAACAGUGUGCCCCUUCAAUCUAAGGGGAGCCACAACACCGCUAUUUUCACGUCACAAAUAUCUGAAUCAUCAUCGAUGCAGCUCGGGUGGGCUGGUGGAGGUAGCGCCGGCCACAUCGACAAAGUCACUGGCUGGACACCGGGGCAGGGAGUAGUACAGGCUCUGCUUGGGCUGGCAGCCGUGGAAGUUGGUGUGUUUCGUGGUGUGAUGCGCUACAUAUAUAUGAAUGACAUGUUGCUUACCGCAGAUAGCGACGGUCCGCGCUGGCCACGCCGAGGUCUACUGUAG